AUGUCGUGCUCCGACGUGAGCGAGGCGGAGAAGUACCUUUGGGAAUCGCUUCCUCCCGAGUUGCAACAUAUGGUUUGCGAAUACUUGCCCCAACAUGCCAUCUCCCGGCGUCUGAGCGUUGCUGUCUCCAAUAGUUGGGAUGACAAGGUCGCUCUGUUUGAGCAGUACCUGUACAAGAAGCCGUACCUUCGGAUGGAAGCAGGCUCGCUGGAGCGUUUCAACGGCUUGACUACAUCUUGGUCUCCGGACCGUCAGCAUCACGAUCGGCUCUCGAAAUUUCGAGACAUGUUGAUACAUGUCACACCUGAAGCGAGUCGGAAGUGCCUGGCAAUCAUGAGGAAUCUCACUGCUUUGUUGGAUCUUCCUCAAAGUAUAUCAAACCUACGGGUAGUCGCUUUCACCAAUGAAAGCAGAGUGACUGCGCAGACCGAAAAGCUCUUUUUGAAGUUUUUCAAGCGCCAAUUGUGGUAUCUCGACGUUCUGUGCAUACCAACAUGGUAUGAUGGUGAGAAGGUGGAGAAGAACUUCAUCUGGGGUGUAUUGCCUCAUCUUCUCCAGCAAUGGGAUUUCUUCCAUCCCAAGAACGAAGAAGAGCUUGAGAGCGUUGCUCUCCACAAUACUGCUGCUCUGGGCGACUCGGCGAACUCUUUCGAGUUCGAUCGGGAGAUUCGCAUGCCAAAGCUCCUCGAGACGACUGGAAGCCCAAUGCUGGGGGUCAAAGUCCGCCGGCCCUUUGACAGCCGCACGCAUGAGGCUGGCAAAGAAGUGGAGAUCUUGGUGAACCGCGAUGCCCCCGCUCACUAUUGCCGAAAGCUUUUGGAGCAGAAGCCAGGGCGCGAAGUUGUCUCGAUCACCAUUGACAACGGUAGCGCGGAGUCUCUGGUGCCACUACAGCCCAUUCUCAAGGGUCUUGGUUGGGAUAGCAUCCUGGAGAGUCUCGAGGAAUUCUCCGUUACAUACCUUGAUCUCGCGGAAUACGGCAAUUCGAUGAUAAUCGAGGACGAAGACGACAUCCUGAUCAGCGCGAUCAAGUCAUUGACGAUCAAAGAUUGCGUGGGCAUUCGCAGCUUCUUUGACGGUUGUCAUGCCGCAUCGAUCGAUCCUUCGUCUCUGAUCCUCAAACAGUCGCUUCAGAAACUUGAGCAGGACGAGGAGACGGCACUAUGCACACUCAUAGCGUCUUGCAGUGACCUACAAACCCUGUGCCUGAUCUACGACAAGGCCAAACCGAUCUUCGAGGGCACCACCACACCAAGCUUCUGGGAAGGCAGCAUCAGCAAGACUGACCAGCCCGAUUACUGCCACUUUCCCCUGGCCACCAUCCUCCCCAGUAUCGGUCAUUCAUUGACAUCUCUACAUCUCGGAGCUGACCCAAGCCUUCGACUUCACACAAAAGACCUCAAUUUGAUCGCUACCCAAUGUACCAACCUCAUCAGCCUUGGUAUCCCGUUCCCCGCCUUGACCGAGGACAUUACCCCCGACCAGUUCUGUCAAGAGAUAUCGGAUCUUGGUGUUCUACGAGACCUACUACUCCUCCAGUAUCUCCACCUAUCAUGCCCGCCGACCGAGCCCGAUGAAGAUGGCGAUCUGCCACCUCCAGUCGAAGACAUAGCACGCUGCGCUCUGGAGAUGUUACUGAACAAGUGGAUAUUGACUCACGUCAAAUGCUUCACCGUGGCCUUUCGCACAGCGACGUUUACCCGCGACACUUGCCAUUUCCGGGUACUAUCAUACACCAACAAGGUCGAACGCAUCUCCGAGAAAAAGCUAGGAAGGAACAUGGAAGCAUUUGGUCACUUUGUACGAGGCGACUGGGACGAGAUGUGCACCGUACAGGCAUUUUGA